UUGAACACCUCUGCUAGCUGGCUCUAUAUGUUUUGUUUUCAAGUUGAUGGCAAUAUUGAAUAACAUUAGGUUACAUGAUAAUGUUGAUAAGUGUUGAAAAUACCGCAGAAAUCUUGUGGAAAUGCAUAGCAUGGCAUAUUACAUAAUUAUCCAUCAACUUAUUCAGUUCUUUUUGUUUGCCAUAUCAUAUCAAGGAAAGAAUCAAUAGCAGUUAGCAGUUCGAUUUAGUAUGAGCGUAUAGCAUUCAGUAGCAUCCAUUUCCAGGCAAAUUCAUUCAUAUAAUUUUUUUUAUGUGUAUAUAUCGUUAUUAAGUUUUGUAGGAACUGUAUUACACGAUUUUAUGAACAGACGUGUUACUCCCAAUCUGAUUGUUGCCCACUCCGUUUCAAAACAAACUAUUGUCUGAAUUUGAACUUCAGAACCAACCUCAGUUAACACCAGCACACAUAAAAGCUUACAAGCUAGCAAGGUAACCAACCAGAAGCUAGGUUGCUAGCUGCUAGCUAGAAUAUAACACAAAAUCACUGGGGUCUUUUAUGCAGCAUAGUCUUAAGAAACAUUUGGCUGUCGCAAGAAUUGUGGUGCUAAGAAAACAUGCUUUGAAUUGUCAUCGAAUGAAACCUGCAUUGUUCAGUGUGUUAUGUGAGAUUAAAGAAAAAACUGGUUUGUCUAUGCGCAAUGCACAGGAGGAGGAGCCACCAGAUCCCCAGCUUGUCCGAUUAGACAACAUGCUGCUGGCUGAAGGUGUGGCAGGCCCCGAGAAAGGGGGCGGGGCUGCCGCUGCGGUGUCCGCGGCGACCAGUUCAGGCGGGAUGUCGCCAGACAGUUCACUGGAGCAUUCUGACUACAAGAGCAAGCUUAGCCAGAUUCGGACCAUCUAUCACACUGAGCUGGAGAAAUAUGAGCAGGCCUGCAACGAGUUCACCACCCACGUGAUGAACCUGUUGCGGGAGCAGUCCCGCACGCGGCCUGUGUCUCCCCGCGAGAUUGAGCGCAUGGUGGCCAUCAUCCACCGCAAGUUCAGUGCCAUCCAGACUCAGCUCAAGCAGAGCACCUGUGAGGCCGUCAUGAUCCUGCGCUCACGCUUCCUCGAUGCCAGGCGCAAGCGGCGUAACUUCAGCAAGCAAGCCACAGAGGUCCUCAAUGAGUACUUCUACUCGCACCUCUCCAACCCUUACCCCAGCGAGGAGGCCAAGGAAGAGCUGGCUAAGCAGUGUGGGAUCACCGUCUCGCAGGUGUCCAACUGGUUUGGCAACAAGCGGAUUCGUUACAAGAAGAACAUUGGCAAGUUCCAGGAAGAGGCUAAUAUCUACGCCAUGAAGACAGCCCUGGGGGCCACGCAGCAGAGCGAGGACUCGCCGCACACGCCCAACUCCACCGGCUCUGGCUCCUUCUCCCUGUCGGGGUCGGCUGACCUCUUCCUGGGAGUGCCUCCGAUGAACGGGGCCGAGCAGCCGGCCUAUCACAUGGGAGCUCAGGACUCUAUUUCUCAAUCGGGUUUCUCAGACAGACUGUAUAGUCCCAGAGAGAGCCGGACUAAUGGCAACUGGCAGGAUCCGAACAGUCCGCCGUCGGCCACCUCGCCCGUCAGCGACCACUCAGACAACUCCGACUGAUGGAUGUGGCCGCUCUCCGAACCAGCCCGCCAGGCUCGGGGUCGACAACAACAACGACGAUAACGCCGAUGACGACUAGACAGAUUGAAUGAUGGUCACUCUUUAUCCUUCACCACCCCCCCCCACCCCACCCCACCCCCCCACACACCUGUUACCCUCACUCCGCCGGUUUCACCUUAUUUUUCAAGUCAGUUCAUGUGCUUCUUCACUAUGUGUGUGUGAGUGCUCGUGAGUGUAUGUAUGUCUUUCUGUAAAUGUGUAUGAAAGAGAGAGAGUGUGUGUGUGUGUGUGUGUGUGUGUGUGUGCGUACGUGUGUAUUGGGUUGAGGGUGAAGUUCCCGUGUGUGUGUGUUAAAGGGAGCUCAGGAGGAAGACAAAGAGGAUCAUGGGAUAUUUUUUUUCUCCACUAUAACAUUAUCUCCACUAGUUACUGCCGUGUCUGAGUGCUUGUAGAAAUUGGAGAAAAAAUCAUCACGAAAGCUUUCAUGAAUACUAUAUUAUUAUUAUUAUUAUUGUUAUUUUUAUCAUUGCUAUUAUCUUUUGUUUCUUAAGAGCUCUGAUAGAAGUGAAUUGACUUGGGUGAAGGGGGCAAUAGAGAUAAUCCAAAGAUUGUGUUUUUCUGAGUGUGUGUGUGUGUGUGUGUGUGUGUUUGUGUGUGUUUUCCUCUUUUUUUUACUGGGCUUGUGUGUGGAUCUAUUAUAUGAAUGAGGUGCGUUUGCUGUCCCUAUAUACGGUUUGAAUGAGUAUAUCAACAGUGCUGUCUUUUUUCUGUACAGUGAAACACCUGUAUUCUCUACCUCUUUUACAAUAAAGACUGUCUGUGUACACAUUCAGAAA